ACCUCUAGUUAUAACCUAGGAGUUGCAGCUUAUAAACGCUGUGAUUUCGCAACUGCCAGAAAUUACUUCGAGUUAGAAUUAAAUGAAGCCAAACAGGCAGGGGACAAGCAUAGAGAAGGCAAAGCAUAUACCAACCUUGGCGCUGCGUAUCGCUCUCUCGGUGAUUAUAAAAAAGCAAUCGAAUUUCAUCAGCAGUCUCUUAGUUUCGCAAAAGAGAUUGGAGACCAAGUUAUAGAAGACGCAGCAUGUACCAACCUUGGCAAUGCGUAUUACUCUCUCGGUGAUUAUAAAAAAGCAAUCGAAUUUCAUCAGCAGUCUCUUAGUAUCGCAAAAGAGAUUGGAAAAAAAGGUUCAGAAGGUGCAGCAUAUAACAACCUUGGCAGUGCGUAUUUCUCUCUCGGUGAUUAUAAAAAAGCAAGCGAGUUUUUUCAGCAGUCUGUAAGUAUCGCAAAAGAGACUGGAGACAAAGGUUCAGAAGAAAAAGCAUAUGGCAACCUUGGCAAUGCGUAUGACUCUCUCGGUGAUUAUAAAAAGGCAAUCGAAUUUCAUCAGCAGUCUCUUAGUAUCGCAAAAGAGAUUGGAAAAAAAGGUUCAGAAGGUACAACAUAUAACAACCUUGGCAGUGCGUUUUUCUCUCUCGGUGAUUAUAAAAAAGCAAUUGAAUUUCAUCAGCAGUCUCUUAGUAUCGCAAAAGAGACUGGAGACAAAGGUUCAGAAGAUAAAGCAUAUAUCAACCUUGGCAAUGCGUAUUACUCUCUUUGCGAUUAUAAAAAAGCCAUCGAAUUUCAUCAGCAAGCUCUUAGAAUCGCAAAAGAGAUUGGAGACAAAAACACAGAACGACUGUCAUACAACAAUCUUGGUCAUACUUUUCAAAAGCUUCGUGAUUUCCCUAAGGCUGAAGAGUGUUAUGAAUCCAGUUUAAAAGUGUUUGAGGAGAUGAGAUUUCUUCUUCAAGAGAAAGACGAAUGGAAAAUCAGCUUUCGGGAUAAAUUAAAAACGUACAGUUAUUUGUGGAUUAGUCAGUUACGACAAAGAAAAAACAAAGAGGCGCUUUUAACAGCUGAGAGGGGACGAGCGCAAGCUCUCGCUGAUCUGAUGGAAUCUCAGUAUGGCGCAAAAUCAACUCCAUCAGCGUCAAAAGAGCAGAUUGAAAGAAUAACUAACAUUUCAAGCCUUAUUUCAUGGCCUACGACAUUUGUUGCGGAAGCUUUCGAGUUAAUCUUCCUCUGGGUGUUGCAAAGGGACCAAGAAUGGCAGUUUAUGGGCAGAAAACUCAGUUAUACCUUGGAAGAUAUGACUGACAAAGCAUACGAACAAAUUCGUGCUACUAAACCUGCCAGGUGCGAAGAUCGUUCAUUGGAUGAUCCAGACAACGAAUCUAUUGAAGAUUUAUCCGAUAGGUAUGCCAAAAAAAAGAAUAUAAAUCGUCACAAGCUGGGGGUGAUGCUUUAAAGGAAUUGUAUGAUGUGGUUAUUGCUCCGAUUUCACACUUGAUAAAAGAUGAGGAACUUAUCAUUGUUCCUGAUGGUUCAUCAUUCUUGAUUCCUUAUGCUGCCCUUUUGGAUCAAAAUUCCAGGUAUUUGUCUGAAAGGCUGAGAAUUCGAUUGGCUCCGUCACUAACAAGCUUGAGGCUGCUGGCAGAGUGUCCAGAGGAGCGCCAUAGUACAUCUGGUGCCCUCCUGGUUGGUGACCCGUGGAUUGAGACUGUGCGCCUUAAAAGCGGAGAACAACUAAAAAGAUAUUUCCAACUCCCUGGCGCCGAAGACGAGGUAAAAAUGAUUGGACAGAUAUUAAACGUUGAGCCUCUCACUGGAAAGAACGCUACAAAAGAACAAGUGCUAAGCAGGCUAAACUCAGUUUCGUUAGUUCACAUUGCAGCUCAUGGUUCUGCAGAAAGGGGUGAAAUUCUGUUGUCACCUAAUCUUGGCUGCUCUGAACCUCCCGAAGAUAAAGACUUCCUCUUGACGAUGACAGAUGUGUUGAAUGCAAAACUGGACGCCAAGCUUGUUGUCUUAAGUUGCUGUCACAGCGGACGAGGAGAGAUCAAGGCUGAGGGCGUGGUUGGUAUUGCACGUGCCUUUUUAGGAGCCGGUGCGCGUUCUGUUAUUGCGUCACUUUGGGCGAUUGACGACGAAGCCACGCUGGCGUUUAUGAGACACUUUUACAAACAUUUGGUCAAGGGACAGAGUGCAAGUAAAUCACUUCAUGAGGCCAUGAAAAUGAUGCGGGAGUCAGACGACUUCAAUGCCGUGAAGUACUGGGCACCAUUUAUGCUGAUUGGCGAUGACGUCACUUUAAAUUUGAACCAAUGA